AUGGGAACAGAAUCAAAGGUCUUCACGUGGUUAGUCACAGGCGCAUCAACAGGUAUAGGCCAAUGCAUCAGCAUCGCAGCUCUCGACGCAGGACACAAAGUCGUCGGGGCCACGCGCGACGUAGCUAGAGCCGGAACGACCAAUCCCGACUUUGCUGCGAAGGGCGGCAUUUGGAUACAGUUGGAUCCCGCCCAUCCAGACUCAUCCCGCCAUUUCGCGCAAGCACAGGAGGAAUACGAUUUCGACGUUCUUGUGAAUAAUGCAGGUUAUGCAUUUAUUGGCGGAAUAGAAGAUACGAGUGAAGAGGAGGUUAUAGACCAAUUGAAUGUGAAUUUCUUGGGGCCUCUUCGCGCCGUUCGAGCUGUUUUGCCGUCAAUGCGCGCAAAGAGUCAUGGUCAUAUCGUCUUAAUAAGCAGCGGGAUUGUUUAUAUGAAUAUGCCUGGGCGGGGAAUAUAUAAGGCAAGCAAGUCCGCCAUCGAAGCUAUACAUGAUGUGCUCAAGGCAGAGGUAUCAUCAUUUGGUAUCAAAGUGCUGAUCGUCGAGCCUGGUGCCUUCCGAACAUCUUGGACCACGAAUUUGAAGAUCCCCGUUGCACUUGAAGAUACCAAUGGUUUCAGCGAGGGAUACAAGGGCACUAUCGUCGAGCAAUGGGUUGGAACGGUCCCAGCUUUCAAAGCAGCUCCUUUACCAGACCGGAUUAAAGGGGAUCCGAAAAAGGCUGCGAGGGAAAUCGUGAAAGCUGUUAUCGAAGGCUAUGAUCAUACCCGCAUGAUGCUGGGGCCUGAUUGUGCCGAAUCGGCUGAUCGAAGACUGGGAGAAUUACGCCACGACCUGGAAGCUACUAGGUUGAUUGCUAGAUCUACAGAUGUGGAUGUACCAGGAUCGAGUGAUAAUGGUCACACUCAUAACGCAGGGCCAUAG